GAUCUAUUCUCUCGCCCUGUGGACCCCGAGCUCGAUGGUUGCCCGAACUAUUUGUCUGUGAUUGACCACCCCAUGGAUCUUGGCACGAUCCGGUCACGUGUUGAAACCAGUUUUUAUCGGAAAUGGGGAUUAUUUAAGAAGGACGUUGAACUGGUCUGGCAAAAUUGCCGUACAUUCAAUGCUCCCGACACGAUGGUUGUGCAGUUUGCCGACUUGCUC